CGCAGAGUUGCUCGGCACUGGCAGGAUUCCUUCCAGCCCAGAAGGCCGGGACUAGCCUGGGCUCCAGAGGCUAUGGAGUGAGGAGGGCGAGCUGUCUGCCGGGGGAGAGGCCACUACACGGGAGGCGGCUGCUGUGUGGAGGGCAGGAAGGAGAGGGGAAGAAGUCAUGGAGGGGACCUCAGCCCUGGAGAAGAAUGUGGCCGAGCUGACAGUCAUGGAUGUUUACGACAUCGCCUCAGCAGUGGGACAGGAGUUUGAGAGAGUCAUUGACCAGUAUGGCUGCGAGGCCAUCAGCCGGCUGAUGCCUAAAGUUGUGCGGGUGCUGGAGAUCCUGGAGGUCCUGGUCAGUAGGAAUAACAUUAACCCAGAGAUGGAGGAGCUGAGGCUGGAGCUGGACAGACUGAGGCUGGAGCGGAUGGACAGGAUAGAGAAGGAGAAGAAGCACCAGAAGGAGCUUGAACUGGUGGAGGAUGUUUGGAGGGGAGAAGCACAGGACCUUCUGGGUCAAAUCGCUCAACUACAGGAGGAGAACAAACAUCUACUUUCCAAUCUGUCUCUAAAAGAUGUCAAUUUGACAGAGGAAGACUUCCAGAAGCAUGAAGGCAUGUCAGAGAGGGAGAGGCAGGUGAUGAAAAAGCUUAAGGAAGUGGUGGACAAACAAAGAGAUGAAAUAAGAGCCAAAGACAGAGAACUUGUCCUGAAGAAUGAAGAUGUAGAAGCGUUACAGCAGCAGCAGAAUCGCCUCAUGAAGAUCAAUCAUGACCUGCGUCACCGCAUUACAGUGGUAGAGGCCCAAGGGAAAUCCCUGAUUGAGCAGAAAGUGGAGCUGGAGGCAUAUAUGCAAGCCAAGGAGCACGAGUCCGGUAAUAUGAGAAUGGAAAUUGCAAAACUGAGAGAAAGGUUGAAAGGAGAACCCAUGCAAAAUGGGGAAGAGAAUAAGGAGCCGGCCGAAGCUGUAAAUGAAGAGUGCAUUUUUGACUCCGAGAAAAUCUCCCUUGACCUCAAAGACUCCAAUCGGCCUCGGUUUACAUUGCAAGAGCUGAGAGAUGUCUUACAUGAAAGAAACGAACUGAAAGCCAAAGUCUUUAUGCUGCAGGAAGAGCUGGCGUACUAUAAAAGCGAGGAAGCCGAUGAGGAGAGCAAGGUUCCACAAUCCUCCCCAUCCCCGAUAUUUAGCUCCAAACCUACAAACCCACAGGAGUCUGGUAUCAAAAGGCUGUUUAGCUUUUUCUCAAGGGAUAAGAAGCGGAUGCCCAUGACGCAGAAAAACGUCCCCUUUCAGGAAUCUUUUGGUGUGUGGGCAGAUUACAACAGAGACGACGGAUACACAGAGCAGGGACAAGAAGCUUUACAGCAUAUGUGAUGGGACAGGGGACAUUGUGUGCACAUAAGGCGGCUGAUGUUUGUUCUGCCUUACGUGCCAUAACCGUACUUAACAAGCCAUGCAGAUUUACUAGGUUACCAGAGGUAACAUACCAGGAGGUCUGUGCACUGUAACCCCGAACAAAGGCCAUCUGAAGUAGUAAGGAUUGGUUCUAUUCUGCAUUGUAGGUUUACCAGGGGGACCUCCCAACAGCUGGCAUAGCUUUCCCAUCAGCAUUGAAGAACACAGUGCCUGGUGUCACCUCCAUUUUUAGGAAUAGUUUGGUUUUAUGCCACCUUGAUGUCACGAGAUCUAUAUGAACCGAUAAAGAUACCGCGCCUUUGCUUUAUGUCUUGCUGAAGUGAUGUGACCGCCAUCACUGUAGGUAAUAGGGGUACUUUAUAAUAUGCUGCUGGAAAUGAGGAUACACCAGAGCCA